GCGAAACAUUUCAUUUCUCUUUCAAAGUUAGCAUGACCAAACCCACAGGAACCGCCCAAGAGGAAUUCUCCGCAGAGGAGGAGGAGCAGCAAGAAUCGUCUGAGGAGGUAGACAGCCUUCAAGUCGCGCAGGGUGCCCGAGAGAGGAGUGCAGGGCAGAUCAAUGAGACCUACGAGACUCAAUCCGAGAAAGGUGAUGACGGAGACAAUGUGAACAUUCAGGGUGGUGGUGAUCAACACCCAAUGAGCCAGAGUGAAACCGAGAGUUGUGAUGAGACGGAGGGAAGUAAACGAGACGAUGUGAAGGGCCAGGGCGGUGAUGAUCAGGAUCAGGGUGGUGCUGGGGCGAGUAGAUUUUUACUUAUUGGCCAAAAAAGAGGAAGAGCCGGUGAUCCUACUCAUGUUGCCUCCAGCAGUGAGUUGAAACCAAGGAAGAAAGGGGAACUGGAACUUCCCGGUUGCCCCCCUAUGUGUUACGUAUGCCAAAAAACUUUUCCGACGUGGAGGGGAGUGUUUGGACAUCUCAGAUCCCACAACAGGCAGACCCCUGGGGCAUUCCCCCCACCAACAUUUACUCCCGUGGGCUCUCCGGAAGGGAAAAAUGGUGACAACCCCUUGACGCAUGAACUGGCCCCCAUGAUGUUGAACUUGGCUCGUGAAACCUUGGGAAAGAUGCAUCAAGAUCAUCUGUCAAGGAGUGCUACUGUUUCAGCAGGGGGUGCUUCUUCGUCAAUGAGAAUCUUUGGCAUGGAUCUCAGUGAGUCUAGAAAUAGAACUACUCCUUUCCUGUUUGAUCUAAAUGAGCCAGCACCAGAGGAAGAGGAUGAUGCUGAUGAUGGCAAAAAUUAAUGCAUGAUUCCUAGUACAUCUCGUGGUGCGUUGCAAAAGAAAAUAAAGUAGUGAUUGUCUUCACAAUCUAUACUAAGGAUUAUGUUAUUGUUGCAGGUGAUUGUUGUUGUUGUUUUUUACUUUAAACUUUAAGUAUUGUGUUAAGAUUCCAUAAGGUACAAAAUCAAGUCCUCCUAUCGUGUCUUAAGUAUGAACUAAUCAUAUGUAUGUUAUAUAGUUUAUCUUAUUCUG